CUACAGGUAGUGACACUGAUUUGAGAGACCUACAACAAAAGGAAACCCAAGUGAUCAAAUUACCACCAGUUCCUGAGAAUGAUCCUACAUUCGGAUAUAAGAAACUGAACGUGGUUAAUGGCAUGCCAAGGAAAUCAACAAUAGAGAUGAAAAAGCCAUUACCAAAUCCCGUUCCAAUGGAAGAUGAUAAUGCAAGUGCUGAGAAGGGUAUUUGGUCACGGCUCUGGGGUUGGGGCUGA